AUGACCUCUCAUACAAACCGAAUAAACAGAAGUGGGGAGCUGAUCGUCACCUCGGAAGUGAGCCGGUACCAGAUGCGCAAUCUGUCUGACUGUUUGCAGAAGAUCCGAGACAUGAUCGCUGCUGCCAGCGUGAAACACAGGCAGCCUUCCCAAGAAGACGUGGCUCUCCGACGCUACAGGAUAGACAAAAUGAACCGAGAACGCCUGCAGCAAAAGAAAAUGCACACUGCAGUGAAGCGAAGCCGACGCGAGGAGUUUGAUUGAAGGUGAUGCCAGGAUAUGAAGGCUGGCUGCAUUGAAGCAAUCUGUAAAGAAUAAAUGAAUGACUUG